CAGGGAGGGUGGGAGGCUAGGGCCCCGGGCGGUACAGAUGACCACGGAAGGGCUCCGGGCGGGCGCGAGUCCUGGGGCUGGCCUCCCUCGGCAGCCUGGACCCCAAGGCCUCAGCGUCCGGCGAGGGCCAGGGCUGCGGACCAGAAGGCCGUGGGGCCCCUGGGCCGUGGGGUGGGGCUGCAGGGGAGAGGGCGGGCUCAGGCUGUUUCACUUCCUGCCGCUGGAACCAGCCAGGACAUGUGCCCCGGUCACUGCUGCCUGCUGCCCGAGGCGGACACUCCACGUCAGUUUCGAUCUUUCAAUCUCCUCCCCUUUGAGGAAAAGGAGAGCGAAUCUCAGCCCGCCCGUCACUGACGUCAGUGCCAGGAAGGCCUGCGAGGCUCCUUCCAGACACAGCCCGGCCCAGGGGUGCCCCGGUCCAAACACCAGCCCAUCCUUUGGGCGCGACUCCACCCGCGCACCUGCGCACGCAGUGGUCUACUUGCUGCCCGUCCUCACCGGGAGAUGCCCCUGCCUCGGGGGCCCUGAGCCAUCCGGCCCUAUCUUAUCACUUGUAAAUACCUGCUCAAAAGCCUGCUGUGGCUCCGGCUGCUCUCAGGACCACACAGGAAGAUGCUUCGUGAUUUUCUUGUUAAACUGUGUCUGUCUGUACCUUUCUGUAUGUAUAUUGUCAUUGACAAAAGAAGAAGAAAAAAAUGAAGGAUUUGUUGCACCAGAUAGUAAAACUAACGCAAGGCAAAUUAUAUCUUUAAUUAAAAGUCUAAAUAAAACUUCUUGGUGGCCAUGUGUUCAUCGCCCUCCUUCAGCGUCAGGAAAGCCACAUGGUCUGACCUCAGGGCCUUCGCACAUGCAGUUCCUCCUGCCUGCGUGGCCCACUCCCAGCCUUCACCCUUCAGACCUCAGAUCCAAACACCACGUCCCCAGGGACACCUUCCCUGACCAGGUUCCAGAUGAAUGUUUUGGGGAGCAAAUCUCUCUCUACGUAUGUCAGUCCAUAAACAACACGCUCUUCGUGUGAGCAUCUGACAAAACCACAUCCGGCCUCCAGACUGGGGAUCUACUGAGACCCACAUGUACCCGAGUCCCCAGCACCAGGCAUACAGCAGGUGCUCAACAUCUGGUGAGUGAAUAAACAGAGGACCCCAUGGCAGCACCCAGUGGGACACCAAGGCAGGAUGCCCUGAGGAAGCCCAGUAGGUGAGGGGAGGUUGCAUGUGCCCGCAGACACAACACCUUUAAGUGGAAGGAAGGGGGCGCCCACCAUGGUGACCUCCCAGAUCCAGAGAGCAGGCGCCCAGGUCAGAAGGCACAGAAGGCCAGGUGGGGCCACACUGGGUUGUCCCUGGGAGGCUGAAGACCCAACGUGGAUGGCAAAAGGGCUGGUCUGCAGCCCAGGCACGUCUUUCAACAAUGCCAAGGGGCAGGCCAGACUUGACCAGCCCAGCAGCGGCUGCCUGGGGCUGAGGUUCUACCACUCAGGGGCUUAAAACAGGAUCCAAAGAACCAUGAGGGGGCAGCAAAGGAGUUCUGGGGAGGGAACAAACCAAGGGGGCACAGCCACUGACCAGCGGUGGGAGGAGCAGGAGACCCAGCCCACUGCAAGCCCGCAGGGAGCACAGCCUCGGGCCCUGGCUGAGGAGGACACCAGGCAUCCGGCUGCAACAGGCGUGUGGCCUCAUCUGGGCCCGACCUGCUGCUCUGCCUGGGGAACCCAAGGGGCUGCCCAGAGGGGCAGCCGAGGGCCAGGGUCCCGGAAGGAAGGGAGGGAGGGGUCUGUGGAGGCAGUGAGCAGGGGCACACAGCCUGGCCAAGGGGACUGGAGUUUGGAGGACCGCGCAGGAGGCCGACACAGCAGCCACGCCUCAGGAGCCCUGACUUGCGUACCGUGUGUCCUCACUGCUCCCGCAUCUUCACUGCGUGUCACCAUUGCCCAUCUCUGUCGCCAUGGCCGCCACCCGCUCACCACCAUCACCCAUCAUAUCUCCCUAGCCACAGGGUGUCACUACCACUUCCUACCACUACGCCUGCCUGUCGCCCCGUCACCACAGCUGUCCCCAAGGGCCCCCCUGCACCUGCUGCUGUCACUCCACCCCCACCUAUGCCCUCGGGUCACCGGUGUUUGCCCAAUCACCUGGGUCAAUAUGGACCCUGCCCUCGGCCUCUCGAUGGUCAGCCCCUAGCCCCAAUGAGGCCACAACUUCUCAAUGCAAGGAAGAAGGGGCCUAGUGGUCACACAGUGACAGCUUCUCUGGGGCCCCACCCAGUGAUUCUGUGUGACCCUGACCUGAGCACCCCGCUGAGCCCCCGUCACCUUCACCGGGAAGAUGCGCCCAGCCUGCAGGUUUAUUACCCUGACAUGGGGUCCCUGUCCAAGCUGGAGCGGAACCUCAGCGCCAAGCCCGGCUGCUCCAGUGGCUCCAGGUUGGUGAGCACACUGCAAAGGUUAAACCGGGUGAUGAACACCCCGGGUCCCACCCAGCACCACAGGCACAAACAGCCUAAGGGCACCUGUGGGCUGGCACAGCAGCCAAGCCUGUAUCUGGCCCCAGAGGCCUCGGAGGGACAGUGUAACGUGCCCAGCAUCUCAGGCCGACGCCACACGUCCCCCUCAGCACACACAGGGAUGCUCCCCAGGACAGACCCCCUGCAAGGGCCCAGGCCAGUCCCACUAACUUUGAGAACACAGCUACCACACAAAUUAUCUUCUCCAACCACAAUGGAAUGAAGUUAGUGAUCAGCAAAGGAAGACUACAGUGCUACAAAGUGAAAGAAAGAAAGAAGGAAAGAGGGAGAGGGAGAAAAGAAAAGCCAGCCAGCCUGAACAAAAUUCACACCUUGGGAAACUAACAUAGUGCCAAAAUGAAUGAACAAACAAAGAAAUCAUAGAGGAUAUUAAGAAAUACGUAGAACUGAAUGAUGAUGAAAACACAACCGGUCAAAAUUCACGUAACACAAGCUGAAGCAAUUCUUGAAGGGAAAUUUCUAUCUUUAAUAGUGAGAUGGUAUGAAACUAGAGAAGGUGGGAAAAAGGUAAUAAAGAAGACCCCCAAAAUAAGAAAGGAAUUAGUAAAGGUAAGUGCAAAAAUCAAAGAGAACAGCAGCCACAAAGAAGACAAUUUUCUCUAAAUGCUUCUGGCCAACUGGAUAUCCCUAUUAAAAAAUGAAGUCUGAUCUCUCCUUGUGUCUACUGCUAGGCAGGUAUUUAAAGGAAAUGCACACACAUGAGCACCUAAAGAUUUGUACAAGAAUGCGCCAGCCCACGCAGCUCCCGCCCAGCGUGCCAGGCCAUCUCCCAGCCAUCCUGCUCACUGGCCACCUCUGGCCACCAUCCCAAACAGCCUUGCCCCGUCCCUUGGGCCACAGUAGAGGUGCCAAACUGCACCCCUACCCCCUUCCUCCUGACAGCACAGUGAGCUUUCCUAGUGUCAGUCCGACUGGGCCACACACCACAAAGACCAAUCUGGUUCCUGCCACCUCGUGAUCAAACUGAGCCCACGAAGCAGGGUCCAGAUGGCACUGGGCUCGAAGGUCACCCUGACUUCCCAGCCCUAUCUGCGCUCUGCCCACAUCCUGACUUCACACCUACUCACCCUCCCAGGCCUUACUCCAGCCCUCGCCCAGAAGCUGUGGAUCCCGGCAGCCACGUGCUGGGCAGCAACACCCCACCUGCCGUGGGCAGGCACUGGGCUGGCCAUUUUUAAAUCUCAGCGGGCAACCAGGGCCACCGCCAGGCACUGGGACCUCGGGGCCCACACGGGGCUGUCUCCUGACCAGCUCACCGUGGUCACAGUGACCACACCCAAAUGGGGCACUUAUCCCUGGGCUGGGCCUGCAGCAGGUGCCAAGGCAGUGCUCAUGCCCAGGGGCCAGGGCUCGAGGCAGCAGCGCCAUCUGCAGCCACAUCACAUGGCUCAGCCAGAGUCGGGGUCUAAGGAGUAGGAACAGAGCAUUUGGAUUCAGGUCUUGCCGAGGGGACCUGCCUGACCAGUGUGCAAACUGACCCAGGGCUUGGGGUGACCACAAGGUCUAUAAACUUCCAGGAAGAUGGUACAGCCAAAUGUUCCCUCUAGUGCCCACCAGUAGAAGGGGAUGGUCCCAGAUGCUGCCUGCAGAGACCCCAAAAGGAACACCAGCCCAGCAAGGCCCAGAUGACCAUGGCAGACUGGGGGCAGGUCUGACGAUGGCCCCUGAGGUGUGGCCAUGUCCCCUGGAACCAGUCUGAGCACAGCACUCGGGGGUCUGGGGCCCCAGGCUGCCCAGCCUAUCGUGUGCCCUCAGGUCCCUGGAAGAGUGAGACCCCAAAACAGAGGCACCGAGUGAGCUCCACAAGAAGAUAGAACUAGGAACCGCGGCUGGGAGGGUGCUUUAUUCUUGGCAGCUCCAGGGAGAGCCUGCUCUGGGCAAAGCCUUGCGUGUGGCAGAGAAUGGGACCACCAGGCUCAACACAGCCAGCUGCUACCUGACAGCAGGUACGUGGGCUGCUGUGGUCAGCGCCAGGGACCCCCCCACCGGCAGGGGCUUUACGGCCCAUACAGCCACAGCCUGUGCUCCAGGCCGGACUCAGGACACACCCCGGGGCUGGGCUGAGAGCCCAUGGUGUAUGCUGUCUGCUGGGGACCAUGCUCCGGGCCUCACCGGGCCAGCGCUCUGCCCUUCUCACCUCCCACCCCAGCGCUUCCAGACUCUCCUGGGGUAAGCUGCCGCCCAGAGAGCUUCCACUUCCUGAGGCUGGGCAGGGGGCCGCUCCAGGUCCCACCGCUGAGAGGCCCCCAGCCCGGCCGGCCGCUCUGUGAGGCACCCCUCCUCAGCAGCACACACAGCGGUCUCCAGCCCGGCCGGCCCUGGUGGUCUCCGGGCCCCAGGGGGCACAGGAGCCAGGGAGGCAGCGGGUGGGGCCCCAGCCAAGGAGCGGGCUGAGAGAGGGCCUCUGAGGAGGGUCAGCGCUCCCUGCCGCCGCCACCCCAGCCAAGGCCACGCAGGGAGCCCUCCCCAGCCUCUGGGAGGCCCAGCCCACUGGAAUAUCAGAGGGGGGACACAGCCGC